AUGAUAAACUUAGAGGGAGAAGCAAACGAAAAACAAAGAUUUUUUCGUGAUGCGGGGAAAAGAGUUCAACAAAUAAAGCCGGUUAACACAGAGUUAGUCGUGAAGAUCAUUAAAGGAUUCACAACCGAUACGCAACCUUACGAGGGUCCUGAGUACUUUAAAGUCGUGGCAUGGACAGACGCAGAAGAUCAGCACGGAACACAAGUGGUGAAGUCUUUCAAUGGCCUCCAUUGGUUCAAUAACGUCCAAAAACUUGUGAUUCCCAUAGAUUCUCCUGCAGAUCAAUAUCUUUAUAUUGAAUUUCUAAGAGGGUAUUCGAAGAAAGAUCCCGGAACAUCAAACGGUACUACUGUGAUGGGUCGAGCAAAGAUUAAAUUGCCUCCUCGGAGCAGCCGUCGCGAGGUCACCUCUAAUGUCGACCUCGUCGGUUUGAACAGUGAUCGAUGUGUAGUUUUUAAGGGACGCCUAGAGUUUUCUAUGAAGCUUCAUAGAUACGUGAACGUGAUAUGA